UGUCAAUUGUCUCUUGAUGCUCUUGAUUUACAACAAUUACAAUUCAAGUUCUAUAAAUUGUUAUACGUAUUAUAAAAUAAAAUAAAUAUACAAGUUAGAAAAUCUUGUUUUCUAAAAUCCAAAUAUUUUAAAGUUUAAUGUUUCGUCAUGUAAAAUCGUCGAGUUUAUAAAAGCGAUAUGUUGAUAUUGCAUUAAUCAUGAAUUUGUAAGUGGAGAAUAAUACUUCCUAUAAUUGAGAUUGUAAACCACCGUUAGAGAAACAGUAGACUACAUUCGAUUCAGUUUCUCCUAUUUGUCACCAUGGAUCUUGAUAAUGAUUACAUCGACACUACUGACUACAAUGAACUGUUUCUCGCAGUUCACAAUGGAGACUUAAAUCUUGUUCAGUCUCUACUCAUGAAACAUUCGUCGAGGGAAAUAAUUCGUGGCAGGACAUUGCUGCAUGUAGCGACUGUAAGAGGGCAUACGGAGAUAGCAAAAUUGUUCACCGCCAAGCGAGACGAAACAGGGAACACACCUCUGCAUCUGACGAUAAUGGGGAACCAACCUCAGGUUUUCAAACUUCUUUUAGAAGAGAGUAACGUGAACGCAAGAAAUCUUAAGAAUGAACGACCACUUCACUACGCAGCUUUGUACAAUCGUUCUGAAUUUGCAAAAAAACUUAUAGAUAAUGGCGCGAUUCUUGAGGAAAAAGAUAGUCAGGGUAAAACACCUCUUUACGCUGCAUUGACGAAUGGGAACGUUCAGGUAGCUGAAGUUCUUUUUAAACACGGUGCUGUUUUAAGUGAUGACGAUUUGACAAAUAUGACUUCUCUUCGUCACGCAGUUGGGAAAGGAAAUUUUGAAAUGGUAAAGUUGCUCAUGGUGAAUGGAUGUAACAAAGUCGAUGUUCCAGCUGAUAAUGAUUCUUCUCUUAAACUUGCCGUAUCGUCCGGACGUUUGGAUAUUCUAGAAUAUCUCAUGAAAAACGGUUUAAAAAGCAGUGAAACUAUCAAUAAGGAUAGACUCAACUUGUUUGAAACAAGUAUAAAGAAUUAUCACUUGAAUAUUUUUAAGUAUUUAGUGGACAUUGGUGUGAAGACAGAAACAGUAGAUGACAUAUUUUAUGAGGUAAUUAAUUUGAAACGUUAUGACAUGUGGGAGUAUUUAGUAAAAUUGUUGUCGACAAUCUAUGCAAAAGCGCAUUGUAAAGAGAAGCAGCUUCAUUUUUCGGUGCGAGCGGGCCAAUCGGAAGCUGUUAAGGCAAUUGUAAACGAACCAACAAACGAAUAUGAAUCCGAUCUAUUCGCUAAAAAAUUGGCAGUUUACAUCGCUGCUGAAACUGGCAAUGAAGAAAUAUUAGAAAAUCUUCUAAAAGCUGGUUACCCCGUCGAUAGCUUAUUUAAGGUAAUAACUCCUCUUCACGUUGCCGCAACACUCGAGCACCCGGGAUUAGUAAAGCUUCUCUUGAAAGCAGGAGGUGAUAUUAAUUUACAAACUGAUUAUGGUCUCACCCCAUUGCAUUUUGCAGCAAUUGCAGGAAAGCCAUCUGUUGUAAAAUAUCUCCUAGAAAACGGUGCUGACCCCACUAUAAUCUGUAAUGGCAAAAGAUCACCAUUAGUAAUGAUUUUGGACAUAUUUUCAUCAAUUUUUCUUCGCAGACCUACUUCUAUUUUAACAUUCAAGAAAUUGACAAAAGUCACAGAGUUGUUAAUUCGGUAUUCAAUCAAUGAAACUAGUGACACGGGGUUAAACAUGUUAAUAACAACCGCAGCUCAAAUAAAGGUUUCAUCUAAUAACGUCGAAGAAAAUAAUCCAAAUCAAGGUUCAAGUGGGCAAACACCGAAGAAUGAAGCCGAUAAUUCUGCAUUUCGUCCCGAAAUCCUCAGAUGCAUAUUUAAUUAUCUAUCCGAUAAAAAAAUCGAACACUUUUCAGAAAGACUAUUAAACGACCACUAUCUACUUGAGCGUACGCCGGAACUACUGAAUCUUUUGAUGGAAUACGAUGACUCGAAAUCAUGUUGCGAUGUUAAAUUGAGUCCUAAUGAUAAAAGCUACAAAUCCAAAUUACUUGUGAUCCAUUAUUCUAAAACCUAUGCCGAUCUUCUUAGUGUUAAUCUACAGGAUACUUCGUCAGACUCUGAUAAGGGUAAAACAGUUUUGCAGUUGAUAGUAGCUCGCUUAGUGUUAAUAAUCAGAAAUCGUCAUUCUUGUUUGUUAAAAUUUUGCCGAAGCAACAAACUUGAUAUGUGGAGAAAGAAAUGUGUGAAGGAGAGGGUCAGAAUGCGAAAAACGAAAGUAAGCAAUGAUUUAAAUAUCACUUUCUAUGAUGCUUUAACCAAAUCAGCUGAUAAACUUGCAGAGUACGCAAGCAACAGGAACUUUCUAAAAGCAAUCGAAUCUUCCGAAGAAAAAUUUCCAGCGUAUGCUGAGUUUAUAAAAGCAAAUGUCGAACUAGCAGAAACUAGAAACAAAUUUAUAAACGAAUGUUUUAGUUUCAUGUCCAGUUUGGUUAAAAAAUGUCACAAAAUUCGAAUUUCCAAAGCUGAAGUCAAUCAAAUUUUCAAAUAUCUGUCAAUUGUAGAUUUGCGAAGAUUUUCAGCAGCUUUCGAAGUUGUCGAAGUUGCAGAGAAAAGAAAAGAGUUCAUCAACGAGUGCACUACCUUAAUGUUUAGUUUGGUUCAAAAAUGUCACAAAAUUCGAAUUUCUCGAGCUGACAUCGGACUUAUUUUUCAGAAUAAAGUGACAAUGUCGUCGAUAGAACUUCAGUCUUUACAAACGGCAUGUUUUUCUGGUGAUGAGUCGGCAGCAAGACAUAUUCUUUCUCAAAACAAUUUUGAUGAUUACCUCGCAUCAUCUUCUGGUUAUUCACUACUUUGUAGUAUACUUAACAAUUCUAUUUAUUCACCACAACGUCGUAACGAAUUACAAGCAGAAUACGAAGUGUACGAACAACUUUUAGCCAAUUUUCUCGAAAUUUCAAAACUUCUUUUGCAACAUCCUGUGAAAGUAAAUGACGAAACUCAAGAUCACGAUCAGACUCCACUUCAUUUUGCAGUCGAAAUUGGAAAUGUGGAAAUCGUGAAAAUUUUAUUGGAAAAAGGAGCUAUUGUUAAUGCAACAAAUAAUGAGUUAAAUACACCUCUACAUAUUGCUGUUUCAAAAGGAAUAAACCCUUCUGAAAGUGUUAUUCAACUUUUACUUGAAAAUGGAGCUGAUCUAAAAAUUUGUAAUGAGUUUGGCAGGACACCUUAUCAUGAGGCGUAUGAUGAUAGUAUUAAGCUUAUUUUAUCACAGCAUGAAAUAAAAAUGCUUUUUGAUAAUGAUAAGGAUAUUAAGGAAAUAGAUUCUAGUUAUUAUACAGCGUUACAUAGAGCGGUGGAAUGUAGGAGUUGUGAUCUUGUUGAAUUUCUAGUAUCUAGAGGAUCUGACGUGAAUGCUGAUGCAGCAUAUGAUGGAACACCUCUACAUCUUGCUAGCAAAAUACGUCAUAAAGAAAUUUCGAUUCUUCUUUUACGCGCAGGUGCAGACGUUAACGCUACUGACACUUAUUCAGAUGACACACCACUACAUUUGGCAGCCAAAUAUAUGUCCAAUGAAGACGAUGGCGAAUUUCUAAAGUUUCUCAUAAAUAACGGUGCUAAUUUAACUGCCAAAAAUUAUUAUGGCCUGAUUCCUUUGAAUUGCGCAACUCUACGUCGAUCUUUGAUUGGUGCUACAAUUCUUCUGGGUGAGAAUCCAAAUACUUGUGAUAUGACUUUAAAAAUGGCUUUUUGCCUUUCCUUUCUGGGUACCUAUUUUGAAACAUUACCUGAUCUUAAAAUUUCUGGAGACCGUAGUGAUAAGCGUAAUAACAAGUUAAUCUGUGAAUUAUUUUAUAAUCAUGGUUUUAGGCUUAACACCGAAGACAUAAAAAAUAUGCUUAUUCCAGAGAAAUUGUCAUUAGUCUCUCUAGAUCAUUCAAGGAUGAUGGAACAAAGAAACAAUGUGCAAAAUCUUUUAAAUAAAGAGGAAACAUCCUGUGAUGAAAAAAUGAGGCAAGAAUUUCUGGAAUAUCAUGUAUUAAUUGGUGCCAUUAAAUACGGAUUUACGGAUAUUUUUUACAAUUUUUUGCCCAAUGUUUGUAACCUCAAUACUUAUUUGAUUGAUGGUUACACACUAUUGCAUCAUGCCUGUGAAGGAGGACGCACAACUAUUGUUCAGGAACUAUUGGCACGUGGUGCAAUUGUAAAUGUAAAUGGAGGCAGAAAUAGACUUUCACCCCUUCAUGUAUCAGUGAAGUACAAUUGCGUAGAAAUUACUAAAAUCUUAUUAACAAAAAAUGCCAAUAUCAAUUCUUGCACUAAGAGAAAUGAAACCCCACUUUGCAUCGGAGUUUAUAUGGAUAGUUUCGAAUGCGUUAAAUUACUUCUAGAAGCUGGCGCUAACGUUAAUUGCUUUGCUUCCGACCAGACUCUACUUUUCUGUGCUAUUGCCUUGAAAGUAAAUAUAAAUAUUACAAAACUACUUCUGCAUUAUGGUGCAACUUGCCUUCCAGGGGAAAUGGAACCAAUAUUUGAUUUAUUAAGAUCUCAAUCUGAAUACGAUAAAAUAUUUGAUUUGUCAUGUGAUCACAGCGUAAAUUUAAUCUUAGAUCGCAAUUAUUCUAAAUGCCCCAACGAACUUGAAGAAAUGAAAAAAACAAAAAUUAGUGAAACUGAUGUGACAAUGUACGAUCUUCUAACUAUGUCACAUAGACGACUUUCUAUUUUAAUGCGAAAUGAAAAUUUUCUCGACUUCAUAAAUUCAUUUGAUUUUAAAACUUCAUUUCCGAAUUUUGCCCGUCGAUUUGAAGUCCGUCUGAAUAAAGCAAAACUUGAGAAGCGAUUAAUAGAAUUAAGUUACGACUGUUUUCGAAUUAUAGUAAAAUUCCAAUUACCCAUUCUCGUUUUAAAUGAAGUUAUAUCGUACAUUGACACUGCAGAUUUACAUCGAUUUGUAAUCGCUUCACCAAUUAAAUCAGAAACGAAAAAAGCAGUGCAUUUCCAUUUUUCCGAAUAAACUAAAAAUUUAGUUCCCAUUUCUUAUUUUCGAAUUAAGACUAAUGCAUUUAUUUCAAAUAGUUUACAUUUGAUGUAAUUUAAAAAAUUUAGAAAUCAGUUUAUGUACUGGUAUUUAUAAUUUGUGACAAUAUAGAUUUAAAAUAAUUAUUGUUAAUUGUGACAAACAGUGAAAUACAUAAAGAUCUUUAAGUUAGAGUAAUAAAACUGUAACCAAUGUACAAAUUAACUGUGAUAUUUGUACCUUAUAUGUUAAAGCAUUUAAAAAAGGAACGUAAAUCUUAACAAUUUUAUAGAUUUUAUAUAUAUUCAGUAUCGAAAUUGCAAAGAAGGAAUUGAUUAAAAUUUAAAUAAUAUACUUGCUAAAUGACAAAAAAAUUAAUAUUAAAUUAUUGUUGUACUUAAUGUUUCUCUUCAUUCAGUUAUUGUCUAUUUUUGAAUAAGAAUAGGACCAUAACUUAUAUCUUGGAUCAAAAGAAUCUUUUUCUCCUUCUGCAAUUCUGAAAAUUUAUAAAUAUCGAACUUAUUUAAUUAUAAGAACUCUAUAAUAUUGGUAAUACCAAGGAAUGUAAUAAAUAAAUUAAAAAUUAAAUAAAACUGUAUGACAGAAAA